UAGAGAUCUGGAUUUUUCAUCUCUCUAGAUUGGACGCUUGCUUUAUUGGAACAGCUGCUUAUCUUUUUGUUUUAUCAGGAGGAUAUGGCAUCACCACUGUCAUACUCCAUCCAAGCUACUGCUGUUAUAGCCGCAAUUAUCAGCUUUCUCAUUCUUUUCACUAUAUUCGGCAAUGUGCUUGUGGUUAUGGCGGUGCUGACUAGCCGCUCGCUGAAAGCUCCUCAAAAUCUCUUUCUGGUGUCACUGGCCUCAGCAGACAUCCUAGUUGCCACUCUUAUUAUCCCCUUCUCGUUGGCAAAUGAACUGAUGGGAUACUGGUACUUCGGCAAGACUUGGUGUGAGAUGUACUUGGCACUGGAUGUUCUCUUCUGCACAUCAUCCAUAGUGCACCUUUGUGCCAUUAGUCUGGACAGGUACUGGUCAGUCAGUCAAGCUAUAGAGUAUAACUCUAAGAGGACUCCUAGGAGGAUAAAGUGCAUCAUCUUAAUCGUCUGGACUUUGGCAGCCUUGAUCUCCCUGCCACCAUUAAUUUACAAGGGAAAGAAGGAGGACCUCAACAGUGACAAGCCUCAGUGUAAGCUAAAUGAGGAGCCCUGGUACAUUCUUUCCUCCAGCAUCUGCUCCUUCUUUGCUCCCUGUAUGAUCAUGAUUUUGGUGUACCUCAGAAUAUAUCUAAUAGCAAAACGUCGGAGCAGGAAGAACACAAACAACUGUACACCCAAAGAGAGGACAUGUAAGCUAUUUAGCCUCUGUGCUGGACACAGUGUGGAGAACGCUCCAGGUCAUGCCUGCUGUAAUCCAGAGGAGAAACUGAGUUCUGUACCACCUGAUCAUCAGUGUGCUGUCAAAGCGGCCCAAUCUGUCCCAAAGGAGAAUGGUCAUCCAGAGCCUGGAGGCCUUAAAGAGACCAAUGGCCAUGGGCCUUCAAUAAUGGACAGUGUUGUCACAACCAAAGGUGUUGUACUGCUGCCCAAAAAAACAGAAGACACUGCGUCUGUCAUGUCCAAAAAGAAAAGCCAUAUCAACCGUGAGAAGAGGUUUACCUUUGUUCUAGCUGUAGUUAUCGGUGUCUUUGUCUUAUGUUGGUUCCCUUUCUUUUUUACCUACAGCCUUCAAGCCAUAUGCCCUGAUCUCUGUUACAUCCCACAAAGUGUGUUUCAGUUCUUUUUCUGGAUAGGGUAUUGUAACAGUUCCCUCAAUCCUGUUAUAUACACAAUAUUCAACCAGGACUUCAGGAAGGCUUUCCGUCGGAUUCUGUGCAGCCACUGGACACACUCCGUCUGGUGAGAGUUUUUUUCUUCUUCUAGGAACUUUCUAUUUAUUGGCUACACGAGGGAGAAAGCUGUAG